GUAUCCGGGAAUAAUGCAGCCAUCAACCUGUUUGCCGGCUUAAUGUGAUGGGCGCUGUGCAGCGCUCUGCCAUUGCCUCGACAGCCUCAGCAAUAGCGUGAUCCCCCACACUAGCAGUCAUCUGGGCAAUGGGCGUGCGUUCCGGGGACGAACGCUCUGAUCAUCUUGGGAUGUCGUGAUUCAGGCUAGAGACACGGCAGGGAUAGCUCAGCACCGUACGAUGGGAACUGAGAUAGCUCUUCUUGGCUAUGCCGGCAUGACAAUGCCUAAGACGAAAGCAGAAAAUGCUUUCACGCGGUUUACAUGAGGUUUGUCAUAUCCAUGACGAAUACGAAUGAUUUAGUGCAGAGGGAAAGCAGCCGCGAGGCAGUCCCCAGGUACACAACAGACAGGCAGAGUAUCCGUAGUUGGACCCUGCGCCCUGGAGAGGAUCGUCGCCCAGAACCGGGAUAUUACCAGCUUUCAGGGUCGAUGAACCGUGCUGUGAGGAGUUCGUGGUCCGGCAAGGGUGGCAACUGGCAAGCCCUAGUUAGUGGCCUUGGGUGGGACAAGCUUCGCUGCAAGCUCUCGCCCUGGACCUGCCGUGCCUGGUUCCUGCGCGCUGGACUUGCCACUGCCAGGAACAGGCUAACCGGUCUGAGAACGGGAAUCCUCGCCGUCUGUAGUGUUUCUCGUGCAUGUCGUAUACCAGUCAUACGGCAGUCGCGGGCUCCACGCGGCGUCGGGAUUCAACUUGCAGGGCAGAUGCAGGGAACAGAGUUCAAUAAAGAUGAACAAGAAUCGUCGAAGAAUAACACCAUCCGCGCUGCCAAGGCGCUUGCCAGGCGAGGCCCCUCCGAUCGGAGGGCUAAACCAGCACUAACGCGGGGACCAGCGAGUGCCAAGGGCAGGGUUGUAUAACGACAUGCUUGGCAUCAUGGUGACAUCGCCCGCGACGCAAGGCUCAGGAUCCUGUCCACCACGAUCGACUGCCUCGGAUAGCGUCAUUCUGUACUCCUCAUUCUUGGCUUGUUGAUCGCCCGCUCAUUACUCAAAUUUGUCAUGGUGUGAGCUGCCCACGAACCGGUUUGGCAGCCACAUCCAACGAGCAUCCCUUCAUUUGAGUUGCCUCUCGUGUC